UGCUGCAGAUAAAGGCUCCUUACUGCCCUGGGCUGGACAGAUGCAGGGCAGGGGAUCAUCUCUGCCUCUGGACCCUGGGAAAGUGAUCACUGCCUCUCUGAACAACACACAUCUGUGGCCUGCAAAGAGGAGCCAGGCCUCGAAGAUGAAACAUCUGCCUCCCCAGUUCCCUUCCGUCCUGGUCAUCUACUGCAUCUGUAUGCUGAAGAUUCCCUCCUCAGGAGUUUCUCAACCUUUAGCCGAUUCUCCAGAUGGCUUGGAUAUUGCGGAGCUUGAGCAACUGGUAUACUUUCUGAACCAGUGGGAGACACUUUAUAACCAACCUAAGGAAAACCAGGAUGUGUACAAAAGGAACUCAGAAGCCAACACAUCCCAUUAACUCUGAGUUUGUGCCCGUGCACCCCUUGAUGCGCCUGGCUGCCAAGCUCUCCAGC